AUGAACAUGAAACUCACCACCACCGGUAUAUAUAGAUCUCCAAAUCGAUCCAAGACCCACCCUGGCACCGUUUCAUCUAGCGCUAAUAUCCAGACAGACAAUGUCGGCAAAGUCGACGACCACUUAAAGAAGCUGCUGGACAAUUACCGACCGGACCUGAAACCCUACGAAGAUAUUUACCGCCAAAUCCAUAAAAACCCUGAACUGUCAGGCCAAGAAGAACAAACUGCUAAAAUAGCAUUCGACCAUCUCCAUACGCUCGGCUUCGAAGUCCACCCCAAUGUUGGCGGCCACGGCGUCGCUGCCGUCCUCCACAAUGGUCCAGGCCCUAAGAUCCUCCUACGGGCGGAUAUGGACGCUCUUCCAUUGGAGGAAAAGACAGGUCUUCCCUACGCGAGUACCCGCACGGUAAAGGAUGCACAGGGAAACCGGUUCCCAGUUAUGCAUGCUUGCGGGCACGACACUCACGUCGCCAGCUUGAUGGCCGCAUCCACUCUCCUACAUGCCGCGCGCGACCACUGGAGCGGAACAAUUGUCUGCAUUUUCCAGCCUGCGGAGGAGGCUCUAGGUGGGGCGCGCGCGAUGCUAGAUGAUGGGUUGUAUGAGAAGGUCCCGAAGCCGGAUCUCGUGCUUGCGCAGCAUGUCACGCGAAUGCGGGCUGGGACUGUCAAUCUCCGCGCGGGACGGUUACUCACCGCAGCCGAUGCUUUUGAAGUGAGAAUCUUCGGGCGGGGAGGACAUGGGUCUGCGCCGCAGACGACAAUCGAUCCCAUUGUUAUCGGGGCGUCGGUUGUGAUGAAGUUGCAGACUAUUGUGUCGAGGGAGGUGACGCCGGGUGAAUUGGCGGUUGUUACUUGUGGUAGUAUUAAUGCUGGGAAUUCGUCGAAUGUUAUUCCCGAUCAUCUGGAUCUGCAGUUUAGUGUGAGGACAUUUGAUAAGGAGGUGAGGAAGCGGGUUCAUGCUGCUAUUCAUCGAAUUGUUGAGGCUGAGUGCCUCGCUGGGGGUGCGGUUGAGAAACCCAUCGUGAAGCUUACAUCGUCUUGUCCGGCGACGAUCAAUGAUAAGGAGUCUGUUGAUGCUCUUCGGGAGACAUUUCAUUCAUAUUUCCAGGACCAGCUUGUUGACAUGGAGCGCCCGAGUGCUAGUGAGGACUUCACGCUUUUGGCGACGGAGGCUGGGGCUCCUUAUGUGAUGUGGAUGUUUGGAGGGAUUGAUGAGAAAACAUGGGACGAUGCUGUUGAGAAGGGGGCUGUCAAUGAGUUGCCUAUGAACCACUCGCCUUUCUUUGCGCCAAAGAUUGAGCCGACUUUGCGGACGGGUGUGGAUGCUUUUGCUUUGGGUGCCUUGACAUUUUUACAGCGAAAGUAG